AUGAUGGACUCCAAUAAGAUGACCAUCAACUUGGUCCUCUUUGGCAUGACUCAAAGUGGAAAAAGUUCUGCUGGGAACAUUCUUCUUGGAAGCACUGACUUCCACAGCAGCUUUGCUACAUGUUCUGUGACCAAAGAUUGCAGUCUGGGCCGCAGUUGUCACGUCCACAGCUUCAUGCGUCGAGGGGGCCAAGAGGUAACCCUGCAGGUCCAGGUGCUGGACACUCCAGGUUAUCCACACAGCAGGCUGAGCAAGAAGCACGUGAAGCAGGAGGUCAGGGAGGCCCUGGCACAUCACUUCGGGCAAGAGGGUCUGCACCUUGCACUGCUGGUCCAGAGGGUGGAUGUGCCUCUAUGUGAACAGGAGGAAUCUUCCCCAGUCCAGAUGAUCCAGGAACUUCUGGGACAUGCUUGGAAGAAUUACACUGCCAUUCUUUUCACCCAUGCAGAAAAAAUGGAAGAGGCUGGGUUCAAUGAAGAUGAAUACUUACAUGAGGCCUCUGAUACACUGCUAACCCUACUAAAUUCUAUUCAGUGCAGAUAUAUUUUCCAGUAUAAAAAAGGAAACUCACUUAAUGAACAAAGACUAAAAAUCUUAGAAAGAAUCAUAGAAUUUAUAAAAGAAAAUUGUUACCAAGUUCUUACCUUUAGAUGA